AUGCGGAAUUGGGCAUGGCUGAUACCGGCUCCCUUCGCUGUCUUUACCCUGGCGAGUGCGCAGGGGCAGCGGCCGCAGAAGAUAGAAGCACCGAAAUGGCUGGAUGAUGAUGGGAAGGAUCUCUUCAACGACAUUGAGAACGACGAGAACCCGCACAGCGAGGCGGCCUGUGAGAGCCGCGAGAAGCUGCUGAAAGCUAUGGCGGGGAAAGGAGAUGCAAGCGCAUCCAGCUAUCGAGCUCGAACUCUUUUAGGCUGUGGUCUUUGUGAAGUGAAGAAGGCAAACUGGGCCAUGGCGAAGCGACGUCUUGAAAGCGCCAUCUCGGAGAUGAAUGUCCCAAGCGAGGAGAUGAUGCUGAAGAACCCGGAACUGGCCCCAAUCGCGCUCACGAAGCAGGCUUCCGACUUCAUGCGGAAGUUCGAACUGACUCAGGCAGGUACACAGCUGCGGAGAUGUCGAGAAGUCCUCGAGAGGAACAUCAAGACGGUGCUGAAGCGCGUCCAUCAGCAGAUGAGUCAAAGCGGGCAGGCGGUCCCUUUGGAGAAGUUUGUUGAAGAGAUCCCAGGCCUUGGAAAAACAGGGCAGUUCCUUCCAUCGCUGAUGACUCAAGUCCCUGGACUCCGGGAGGUCUUUGGCUUCAUGGAGGUAGUUGACAACGCUUUGGAUUUGCUGGACGGGCAAGUUGCGGCCGUGGAUCCAACGCAGAAGUCCAAGAAGCUUCGAUUGGACAUUAGCAAGGGCAAGAGCAAGGGCAGCAUGCUCUAUGUGCGCGGCCUCUUCAUGCAGCCAGUAGUGCCUUUUGAGCAGCUCGCAGUCGCAAAGGAGUUGGUGGACUCCGGCACGGCCAAGGCCAUCAUGGGCUUAGCAACUGCUCAGGCAGCUUCGCUGAUCAAGCGGACCAAGAUGGGCUCGGGAUGCAAGGAUGAUGUCAACAAAGUCUGCGAGAAGCUCUCCAAGAUUGCCGACAUUCAAUCGAAUGGCUUCGGCGAGACCCGGCUGCUUAUCCUCAAGGAGGGCAAGAAGCAGGCCUUGGAUGCGUGCACCACAAACGCGAACGUGGGGCUUCUGGUGGCGGCCAAGGAUGGUGUUCGCCUGACAGUGGCCGGAUCAGAGCCGGCUCUCCUGAAAGCUGGAGAGCCACUAGUUUUCGAUGUCUGCCUGGAGGCAAGUCUUCAGGCAGACGAGAAGGUACCAGUGGUGUUCGCGCAGGCCUGGCAUCCAGAAUUCGCUGCAGUGGAGCGGACCACGGAGCUUCGGUCACGAGCCUCGGCUUUUAGCUUAUCCGAGGAGGAGGUGAAGGCUGCAACCAAGGUGGUAAACGACCACGCGAAGUCAGCAUGGGAGAAGAGCGCCAAACACUGGCGAUCCUCCUUCAGCGGCCUGGAUACCAUGAGGAGAGUACUGCAGACGAAGGAAGAGGACAAGGCGAAAGCCAAGGAAGCAGCGGAAGAGGCAAAGCGGAAGGAGGAGGAGGCCAACGACGAGGACAGAAAGAAAGCCUUGGAGGAGCUCGAGCGAAAGCGCGCGGAGAAGCGGCGCCAGCAAGAGGAGGCGGAAGCAAAGCGCCUGGCGAGGAAAAAGCAAUUAGAAGAGGAGAGGGCAAAGCGUGAUCCCUGGCUCCUCUUUCCAGAGGUCAUCGAGGCCGAGAAAAAGGUCGAGGACGGAAAGAAGCUUUGGGCUUCUUUGCGCUUGCUCUGUUUCUGGUACCAGAGCAAGCUCCACCCUGAUCAGGCUCCAGCAGCAUGA